CCCCCCCCCCCCCCCCCUUCAAAUCGACUUCUCCAGACCAACUCCAAACCUGAGGCAUUUCCUCCAAGAAUUCAAUCCACUACUGCAUGCACGACAUGUUGGGAAGCUUCUAGUUGGGAUCUUACCACCUUGGUUGAGGGUCUGGCCCUUCACGCGUCUUCGUAUUCGCCCUGGUUCUAUGCUUGCGACUGUCUCGCCCAUCUUUCCGUCAUCUUCCCCCAACCCUACCUUAGCUCCGAUUAUCUCACUCCUUCCAUUGCGUUGCGAUGGCUUAUUACGACGACUCUGCUGGUGACUCCCAGUCCUUCGGAAGAACCCCCAAGCCCUAUGAGGGCAACGUCGUCGGCCCGCGACGACCAAGAUUGGUGACCGACUAUGGCUCGUCAAUGGUACAAUGGAUGCGCACGCGACAACCUCGGUACAAGGGAGGCCAUCGCAUGGAGGUUGAAAGACCCAGUGCGAGUUAUGUGAUCGAUAUGCUCCCACCACUGGCACGAAUUCAUAAGCCUGUCGACACAAUUCCCGUUCGACACUUGCACCAAUCGAUUGGAAAAUCGAAGAAGCCGAUUACAGUCGUAAGAUGGACGCCCGAAGGGAGGCGUCUGUUGACAGGUGGACACACGGGAGAAUUUAUGCUGUGGAACGGCACCGCUUUCAAUUUCGAAACGGUCAUGGACGCACAUUACGACCAAUUACAAGCGGGCGUGACCUCGUUGGCGUGGUCUCACAGCCAUGACUGGCUCAUUUCGGGCGGACAAAAAGGCGAUGUGAAAUAUUGGCGGCCCAAUUUCAACAACGUUGAGACGAUCGACGAUGCACACCAUGAUGCCGUACGAGACCUAGCGUGGUCUCCCAGCGACACUAAGUUUCUGUCGGCUUCCGACGACACCACUCUCAAGAUCUUCGACUUCACGGCCAGGACUUGCGACACAGUGUUGACAGGGCACAACUGGGAUGUGAAGUCAUGCGAUUGGCACCCGACCAAGGGCCUUCUGGUUUCCGGCUCCAAAGACCACCAGGUCAAAUUCUGGGAUCCUCGAACCGCGAGAUGUUUGACAACUCUUCAUAGCCACAAAAAUACCGUCACGACGACACGCUUCUCGCGCGUCAACAGCAACUUGCUGGCCACUUCAUCGCGUGAUCAGACGGCAAGAGUAUUUGACUUGCGAAUGAUGCGAGAUAUCUGUAUCUUGCGAGGUCAUGAGAAGCCAAUCUCUUCUCUGACGUGGCAUCCUAUUCACAGCUCACUUAUCUCCACCGGUAGCGAAGACGGUUCAUUGUACCACUACCUACUCGACGAGCCUAAUCUGCCACCGGGGCAGAUUCCUACGAUCGCGCCAUACGACAGCCCGGACCCUACAAACACGCCUGCCCAAGUGAUAUACCCCGCUCACCGGGUACAGUAUGCGCAUGGAGCCACCAUCUGGUCACUCGAUUGGCAUCCUCUGGGUCAUAUUCUUGCCUCGGGUUCGAAGGACAACUUCACCCGGUUCUGGUCCAGGGCUCGUCCUGGCGAAACUAGUUACAUGAAAGACAGAUUCCAUAUUGGAGAGGAGGCAGCGGAGGCUCAAGGAACAUGGAGUCGCGGAUUCGGAAGGCGACAAAUGCGUGAGGAGGAAGAACAAGAGCUGCAAGAUGAGGCGGAGGGACUGGUUGACCAGAGGAAGUCGAUCGGGCCAGGCCUCCCAGGAAUCCAGGCGCAGCCCGGUGGUGGACCUCAGCAGGACGGUUUCGGCUCAUUGCUGCCGGGAAUUGGCGCUCCUCAGCCCCUACCGCAGCCUGGAUUUCCUGUAUCCAUGCCUCCUAUGGACCCUUCCCGUCUAGCGGCAUACCUGUCCACCCAACCACCGCCCCAGCCGAAUAACUUCCCCGCAACGACUGGCUUUCCCGGGUACCCCAUGCACCCCGCCAUGUCAGGACCUCCACCAUCAAACGCCGAUCUUGCGGAGCUUCAGAAGCAGCUUUUCUCCCAGGGUAUCCCGAUACCACCCAAUUUCUCCCCUUCAAAUCAUGGUGGCAUGCACGGGGGUCUGCCUGGACUAGGAGGAAGCGGUGCGCCCGACAAUGGAUAUGGAAGAUAGUACUCUUCGUCCGAUAAAGCUGCGUUGGCCCGAACACUGGGCGACAUAGCAGGAUAGUGCUGCACCCCGUAAUUCGGGAACAUAUUGCGCCGAUGCCUUAGUCUGCAGUCCUCCUGGAUAAGGUCUGGACUCGGAUAUAUGAUCAAUCAGGAAAGGUUUGUGGGCAUGCUUAGACAUGACUGAACAGCAUAGAAGCUUUUAUGCUUAACUGUUCCCUUCAAAGGCCACCUGGCAUCGGGAAACUCGAUAAAAUGAGGACCAAGACAUUAAUUCCACCCCAUAGAAGGGGGAUCCAUGUG